GCACCACUAAAUGAUCUCGUCGAAUACAUCCCCCACCGCUUCAACCGUUCCCGUGGUGCAGACAAAACGCCCUUUCAAGGCUGGCCCACGGACGAAAUCGACCGCACCUGGCUCUCCGCCUACGCUCCCGGGAUACUCUCAUCCCUAACCCCCUCCCAAGCCUCGCUCCUCCCCGAUACCACAACCCGAAUCCCCGUCCCGGGCCGAGAAAACGAGUACCAAGCAACCGUCGACGUCUUCCACCAAAUGCAUUGUCUAGAUGUGGUGCGAAUGGCCUUGUACAGAAAUAGAUAUGAUAAGCAUUUUUAUUUCCAGAAUGGGACGGUUGACGAGUGUAAAUGGGUGCAUGUUGUAGAUCAUUGUCUAGAUCAGGUGAGGCAAGCACUCAUGUGUUCGGCCGACAUUUCCAUGGUUCCUUACCAAUGGAGUGACGUGGUUCAAGGAACGCGCCCAAUGGUGAAUAACAUGCACACUUGUAGAAACUACACUAAGAUUCUGGAGUGGGCGAAGGAGAGGGCGUUA